CUGAGGCGGUGGCCGCAGCGGAAGCAGCAGCCCCUACGAUGGAAGCGGCGGACGGCCUACCGGAAGGCGGAGAGGCUGCACCAGCCGAAGGCGGAGAAGGAGCUCCAGUGGCAGAAGGAUAAGGAUCACCAGCCGCUGAGGGAGGAGCAGCAGUGCCACAAACAACCGCCAUCAGAAAUUUAUCGUCAUCCAGGAGCUGGCCCGUUUCGAGCAUCUUGUCACCGAGGGCAGCAUAUCCGAUGUCCAGAAGAUGGCCGGUCUGACGUGUCUGCAAUGGAGCUGUGCCCUAACGCCACCGAUGGCGCCGGCCAUGAUGCCACCAUUACCGCCACCCUGUCCGGGUGCACGCUCCGGCCACCGUGCAUGACGCCAGCAAUGACUCCUGUGCCACCCAAGGUGGAGCUGCCAAAGGAGAACGUGCCGCAGCCCACGAAUCUGCCGGAUGCCAAGCUCCAGGUCACCGUCUGGAGCGAGCUUGGCGAGAGCGAGCUGUAUAACAACAUGGAGUUGGAGUCGAGCCGAUACGGCAGUAACGGCCGAUGGAGCUGUCCCUCAAGAAGCACGGAGGUACCAGCUACCGCUCUAGGCAGCAGCAUCAGAGGUGGUGGCCGCAGCGGAAGCAGCAGCCCCUACGACGAAAGCGGCGGGCGCCGUACCGGAAGGCGGAGGGGCUGCACCAGACGAAGACGGAGAAGGAGCUCCUGUGGCAGAAGAAGGAUCACCAGCCGCCGAGGGAGAAGGAGCAGCAGUUCCAUAAGCAACCCCCGAUACGGCACUUACCGGAAGGCGGAGAGGCUGCACCAUCCGAAGGCGGAGAAGGAUCUCCUGCGACAGAAGGAGGAGGAGCACCAGCCGCCGAGGGAGGACCAGCAGUUCUAUAGGCAACCGUCGAGGCUGCACCAGCAGAAGGCGGAGAAGGAGCUCCAGUGGCAGAAGGAUAAGGAUCACCAGCCGCCGAGGGAGGAGCAGCAGUGCCACAGGCAGCCACCGAUACGGCAGUAG